CGUGACUUGCUCUCACACGCUUUGCCGCGCUUCAUGGCAGCUACACUGUAGAUGAACUUGCUUCCACGUUUGACUGGAUCGCUGGAUUGUCUGUGUGUUUUGCGAUUUGCGAGAAUAAUAACGUUGGUUUUGGCUCUAAAAGAAUCAAUUGAAAAUACCUUAAACGUGACAGGAAACUUUGCUAUCAAAUCUGUUCACUAAAUUAGAUUGUCAAAGAGCUCUUGGCAUGGAAAGUGGAAGAAUCAGUGACGGACAGAUAAGUGCUUCUUCACAGUUUGACGCCAACCACGCCGCUAAUCAGGGCAGACUACACUUCCAAGCUACUGGAACAUUACAUGGAUCUUGGUCAGCUGUCAGAAAUGAUGCCAAUCCUUGGCUUCAGGUUUUUCUUGGCUCGGAUUCCAUUUUAAUAACAGGUGUAGCAACGCAAGGAAGAAACGGUUAUUGCUGCCAAUGGGUGACUAAGUAUAACUUACAGUACAGUGACGAUAAUGUGAACUUUCAGUACUACAGAGAACCAGGAGAAAGUAUAAAGGUAACCAAAAAUAUUGAUGGAAACACUGACAAGGACUCUGUUGUUUAUCACGAAUUAAAACCUCCACUCCAGGCACGAUACAUCCGUUUUCGUCCAGUGGAUUGGAAAAAUCACGUUUCGAUGAGGGUGGAAGUCUACGGUUGCUGUGAAGGUAAGGAAUCUACAUCCAGCUUUAACAAUCAUUCCCAUUUCUCAAUAUCAAAAGACAAUCGACAGUUAUUUGAGUAUGUAGACGUCUACUGCCUUUUUCUAUAGCUUCAAGGGGAUGGCCUAAUGGAAAGUAACGACUGGUUGCAGGUUAAAAACUUCGGUGGUCUUUUUCUGCACAACCAGUACUAUAUCCAUGUGGGCAAAUAACACAGUAAGGGCUAUAAAGUGGAAAUAAGCAUUGAUUUGCCACCACCGCAGUUAACAUACAUAAAAGGAACAAAAUACAACUUACAAAACAAAAAAUCAAAAACAAAAACAAACAAACACACAAUUACAUAAAUACUGUGGAGAUUUCAUUCUGGAUGCUGAAAAGACUAGCAGCUGGAAAUUGCUUAUCUACCUGA